ACGGUAACUUUCAAGCGGAGCGGAUCGUUUUAGCGCGGUUAGUAGAGACUCCAAACGGCAUGGAUAGAUGAACUUAUUUUUUUUUGCAUUUGUGUAAUACCUCUACCUGCCUGCAUACCAUAUCUACUACAUAGAUAGUGUAGUGUGUGAACAAACGUAAAGAACCAAGUAGACAACAGCUAGCCAGCCAGCCAGUCAAUUUGUAGCGAAAACCAAAACACCACCAAACCAAGCCACCUCGUCGUUCGCCCCCACAAAAAUAUAUUUUCUGUUUAUUUGUGUGUAUACAUACGGGCAAAGUUCGUACGCACGAAAUAUAAAAUACCAUAGCAGCAAGGAGCAGCAGCAGUGGCGAGAACGAAUCUAUAUGUAUCUGAUAUAUAUACCGACGUGCAAGCAACAUAUGAGAAUAUAUACACGCGCUUGGCAGUCUGAUAUAGUGACCUGACAGCCUCAAAAAAGCAGCGCGCGAGACACAACCAGAGCAGCAGAGCUAGUACAGCAGCAGCGGCAGCAAAAGCUGUAGUAGAAAAAUAGAAAAAAUCUACAAAAAAUUGGGUGUAGAUUUUUUUCGGCUAACAAGCAUGUGAAAAAUAUCUGACAAAAAAAUUAGUGGAAAUAAGACGUCAAAUUUGUAUAAAGAAAUUUAUAGCAAAAAUCUGUAAAGAAAUUUGCGAAAAUAAAACUAAAACCUAACUGCGUAUAAAACAAACUGACGGUCCGCAAACGCGCUUACAAACGAAGAGGAAGAAGAUUCUGUGCGAUACAAAAAAUCAGAAAAAAAAACAACUGAAAAAAACAAAUUUUAGUAUAACAGAGUGUUAAUGAUUGCUAAAAGUAGAAAUUUGCUUGUAUCAAAAACUCAAAAAGCUGUAGAUGUGUAUGAAAUCUUAAAACAAAACUACUUGAAAAAUUCCUAUACAGUACAAACUUAACUGAAGUGCUAAAUAAAGAAGAUAAUAAAAAAACUGUAGCUCGGAAAAAGUGAAAAUAGCUAAAAUAAUUUUAAAGUGAAAUAAAAUGUGAAAAUAGUAGCAGAAACUAAACAUAUGUAAAUGCAAACCACAACAGAAUUAAGUGAAAAGCCAAAAACAUAUUUUGUGAAAAAAUUUAAAGUUGAGUGAAAAUAAGAAACAAAUAAAAAAACUGUUUUAUUAAAAACGAAAAGUGCGUAAAAAAAACAAAUUGAAAAAUUACAAUUUUACUAUCAACCAAACUGAGUUGCUCAACUUAAUCCCCCCUCCCAAAAAAAAACCAACACAGUAGAUACAAACAAAAAUUAAUAAAACCAUUUCCAAAAAAUAGCCCCAAAACGAAAUUCAACAACAUUUUUCGCUCAUCUUUGUGAAGUGUGUAUAAUUAAUUUCAUACAAAAUUGUCGCCAGGUACGACUAUAAAAUGUUUGAUCCAUUUGUGAAAAUUAAGAAAAAGCGAAAUCUAAAUGUUGUCGAUGUAUUAGAAAGUGUUGGUGAAGUGGACGUCGCCACCGCCGCCGUCGAAACAUCAGAGCAGGCGCACGUUGUGGAGGACAUUGUAUUGGAAGAGCCAGUAGCAGCAGUUGAAGAGCAGCAGGAGCAAGAACAGCAGCAGCAGCGCCUGCAACAACAAACGAAGCAACAAUUGUUGCACGACAACGACGCACAGCGAGAGCAACAACCGCUUGAGCAGCAAGAACAGCUGCAACAGCCAUCACCGUCGCCAUACGCGCAACGUGAACAGCUUGAAAAUUGUUUUUGCAUAAGCGGUGCAGCGCUUAUUGGUGCAGGGGCAGCAUCGGCCACAAACACAACCCCAACUGCAGCGGAAAACUGCAACACCACCGUCACUGUGGCCAGCCCUCCUCUAUCGCCCACGACCACUACAACUGCGGCCACAAUAGCAGCCGCCGCAUCCUCCGCCACAUCACCGCUCUUGGAAGCGAUUGCCAGUAGUAGUAGUAGCAGUAGCAACAACAACAACGGCAGUUCAAAGCAAAUAAGCCGCCAAUUUGCUAGCAGCAGCAGUAGCAACAACAGCCCGAGUAACAGCAAUUGCAGCCGCCUGCAACAGUUGAUUUCUACGCCACCAGUGGCAUUGCGCGGGUUACCUUCAUAUUGCAGCGUUGAUUUGCAGCCGCCGCCGCAACAACAACAACAACAACAACAGGCAAAUUUAGGUCUUCAAUCGGCUGCAUUGCCACAGCUGCAGUUGCAUUUGCAACAGCCGCCGCAGCAGCAACAGCAUCAGCAAGCACCUUCGGUGUUGCAGCAACAUUUGGGUCACCUAAAUUUCGAAAGUGGAGCAUCAAGUGGCAGCAGUAGUGCGAAUGUGAGCGCCAGCAGCAGCAGCAGCAGUAGUAGUAGUAGUAGUAAUACUAGUAACAACAACAAUUGUAGCAGCAGCAGUAGUAGUAGCCUGCGAAGUAGCACAACAACAUUGCAGCGGCACUUGGCCUCGCCAAGCAACAUUCUACAGGAAGCAUUCACCAAUAAUUUGCACAGAAUUUUAAAGCGUUCACAUAGUUCCUCAACGUUGGCGUCCAGCAAUAACAAUCACAGCAGCACAUCCAACUCUGGCUCCCCACCGUCGCCGCCGUCUUCUUCAGCGAUCUCGAACUCUAAUUUUACCGCCUCAUCCUCGGCGUCCGCCUCCUCCUCGGCCUCUCUGUUUGCCAGUGUUUACGGUGGGAGCAGCAGCAGCAGCAGCAACCAUAGCAGUAGCCAACAUAAUCAUCACCUCAAUAACAGUAUAAUCGCCAGUCGGCUGUUUGGGCACAGCAGCAGCAGCAGCAGCAACAACCACAACAACAACAAUUUUAAUCAGAACAACAUUAACAGCAACCUCCAACAACAGCUUACAGCGGCAAGCAGCAGCAGUAGCAGCAGCGGCACAGCUGGCGCUUCAGCCUCUACAUCCAGCAGCAGCAACAGCCAGCACCGCCUGUCGCACCACAAUCAUCACCAUCAUUCCGCGCUGACAAAUUCGAUAACGAAUCGUAUAAACCAAUCGAUACGGCGUCACUUGAAUCAGCAGCAGCAACACCACUUACAACAACAGUACAAUCAGCAAGCGACAAAUAACAAUAGCAACAAUAGCAACAACAAUACAACAAAUAACCACCGAAUACAGCAGCAGCAACAGCAACAAAUUCCACAACAUUCACGUUUCUCGCAACAUUCACACUACCACCACCACCAGCAGCAGCAACAACAACAACAACAACAACAACAAAACAAUCAGCAUCACCACUUGCAGCAACAGUUGCAACAAUCAGCGCCGCAUCAUCAUCAUCAACACCAGAGUGGUAGCAGCAGCAGCAGCAGCAGCAGCAACAACAACAACAACAACAACAAUCAAUUGCAGCAGCACCAACAACAUCAUAAUCCUCAUCAUCAUAACCAACAACAGCAACAGCAACACCAACAACAACACCAACAACAAUCUCCUCUGUGCCUAGUAUUAUUAGUUAAAUGUCCGAAUUCUAAGGAAUUUUGUAACGCCGCUGCCGCCAACGCCGUCGCUGCUGCCGCACAUUUCUGUGAUAAUAAAAGGUAAUCAACAGUUAACAAAAGCAAAUUGAUAAAAUUAGCAUUAGUAAUUGUACUCAGUUGGUGGUAUGUUCAUAGUGCUUCAUAUAAUUUCAUAUUUCACAAAAAUGUGUAGGCAGAAAAGUGAUCGAGGAAAUAAUAUUUGAAAAAGAAAAGGGUAUCAAACGCAGCCGUGAAAUUUGGUUGUGGUGUUGGCGCAACAAAUGGCUGCCUGCCGCUUUCGUCGCGUUGCUUACAGCAAUUUAUAUGUGCAUAGUACAUACAUACAUACAUACAUAUGCACAUAUAUCUUCAUUUGCCCACCAUUCCUGCCUUUUGCCCAUACAUAUAUGUAUAACUAUGUAUGUAUGUAUCUUAUGGCAUAUCGUUUGCUCCAAAAGUUCAUCGCGUGCCCUAAAUUCGUUCGAGGCCGCUCCUAAGCGCUUUUUCUGUUAUAGUUGCCCUUAAUGCACAGUGGGUCGAAUGGGAGAAAAAGUCGGAAGUAAAAAUUCAGGUCGUUGA